CAGACGAUAAUUGCUAAUUCUGUCCGCGGGCAGGCGAUAGCGAUUUACUACGUGUGUUCAUCUCUCGUCUUCCCGACUCACUCUCAUUCGCUACUGACCUCUUUCCUGGAUUUUUUCCGAGUAGACACACGAGUAUUACGCACGCCGUUUACUCACACGUUCACCUCCUCUCGCAGUCGAUUCACCCUCGUUCGGUGGGAGCUUUUUAUUUAAAGUACCCGAGCGCGCCUGUUCUUUCAUCUGCCAGAGUCUUUCGGUCUGCUCGACUGAGGAGUUCGCGCACGCCUGUUCUCGAACAGAAGAUAGUGUUCUUCUGCUAUAUACCGUGGUUUCUAUAUCGUCCCGUUGCUGUGGGGUGCCGAAUUCGUGUGGUAUCAUGAAGACCCUCGUGUGUUCCCGCCUUCUCGGACUUGCGGUGCUGGCCGGCGUAGUUCUUACAACGGCGGCGGAGAUCUCUGCGUACACUGACUACUACAUGGAGGACCACUGCUCGCCGUCCAACACGCCGGACCGGUACCGGGCUCGCACCGAGACGCAGUCCAUCUCGUUCCGGCUCAAGUCUCCGCUGCAGGAACGUCUGGACGAGCGCGGAUGCCGGUCUGGACUCAGUUUCACCACGGUGAACGAGACGUACGGAUUCCUCGUCACCCCCGUCGCCAUCGACAUCCCGCGUGGACCCACGAACUCCUGCGUCAACUUCAUCUGGUUUGACGGUCUGGCCGAGGUCGAGCUGAACGGCAAGCGCCUGUGCGGCGACACUUUUCCCAAGACCAGAGCGGUACCCACCAACGGAGACCGCUUCACCAUCUGGUGGUCCUCCGAACCCAGCAAGGACGCUGACCGCAAGGCUUCCUUCAACGUCGUCAUCGCCUCCUACGUCAACCGAUCGUCCGAAGCCGAGUGUCCGGAGUCGUGGCGUCGAUGCGACAACGGUGCCUGCCUCGAACCCCGGGUCUGGUGCGACGGCAUCGACAACUGCGGUGACGGUAGCGACGAGACGGAAGCCAACUGUGCUCCAAGCACAGUGUUCUCCAUCCCGGGAAUCGUCAUCAUCGCUGUCAUCGUGGUCCUCGUCAUCAUCGCCAUCGGAGUCGUCGUUUACGUCUGCAAACGGCGCCGGGCCUACCGGGCCGCGUAAACGACGACACUUUCGGGAGAGUCGGCUUCAAGGGGACUCGCUCCGCAGUUGACGUCACGUCCGUGUAGCUACCUAUUUGUUUUGUCAGUCAGUCGUCACUUCCGUCUGCCGCCGACCUCGUCACGCUAACGGGCACGGCAGAAGCAGACGGCGGCGAAGCGUUACAGACGACAGAACGGUUUGAUCUUGACUAGAUACAGAAGUAUAGUCAUUGCGGAGGGGGGGGGGGGUCUUUGAGGGCGAAACUAUGUGUGUACAUACAAGUCAGAACUGCGAAUGUUCCACUCUGAAUCUUCGUGAGCAUUUUUUUGCUUGGGUUUUGAAGUGAACGCGAGGAAACGCCACGCUGGUCGUGGUGUGGAUUGUGUUCUCCUAGAGUUGUUAAUUUCGAGAAAUUAAGCAACGCACGCUUUGCCCAGCGUGUCUCUAAAAAAAGAAUAGUAAAAACUGGACUACUCAAUACUACAUCUGUUUAAACAAUGCGCGACGAGCGGUUUUCAGUACAGGUCUUCGCUUUGGUCUCAAGGCACGAUCUCGUAUUGACUAACCCAGCUUCGGGAUGUCGUCAACUGAAGCUCAGCACAGUCCCUUCGAAAACAGCGUCGUUCGAAGCGAAAACCUCGAGAUUAAUUUCGAGCGUACCGCGAGUAAAAGUCAACGUCAUGCUUUAAUUAGGCAACAGACCCAACAUGUGUCAAAGCACCGACCUCCAUUUUAGGCCUGCAGCCAUACAUGUCAUAUAGGCGGGGGGGGGCGAAUUCCUGGCUUCAGGUGGUAGGUGACCGCCAACCCCGCAAGUGACUCACGUGAAACGGCUUCAAAUCGACGUCGACUUGAAAUAACUGGCCACUGAAUCAGCGCGUGGUCAUCCGGGUCUCCCCGGCAGCUGUCACCGGAAGUGACGAAUUGUUCCCCUCUCGACUAACGUUGCUCUCGACCCCCGAGUCGCAGCAUAAUGACUGUGCAUUCGCGCCUCUGUGUCAGCUGUGAGUGAGCACUCGCCUCAAUUGAGUCAUAUCCGUGACACUGUGCAUCAUCGUUCGCACUCAUGCAGGUGCUUCCGCAAAAUUAAAUGAGUAAUCAAGUCCAUACACGUGUGGUAAUAUCCCGGUAUUUUGUACUGACAUGACUCACGUAACCAAGCCUAUGUAUACAGUCACCUGGAUUACGCAGUACAAUGAUCUGUAGUUCGGUUUCAUUCUCCGUUCUAGGGCAUUCAUAAUAUGAACGCUCAAUGAGCGACGUGGGGCAGAUGUCGAACAUAUCUCAACGUACAUUCCAUACAAAACAUUCUUACUCAAUCUUGAAUUUCUUUCUUGUGACCAAGAGGUUCCUUCCUUUUUUUUUUUUUUUUUUGAAACCCUGUCACACGGCCCGCAAAAUUGGCAGCUCGAAGAAUUUCGGCUUGCGAGUUCACCGAUGUCACACUCUCCGGUGCUGCAAGCCGCCUUUUACAGUGUCAACGUUAAUUAACGGUCUUUCAGUUAAAGGCUUUAUCUCUAACUGCCCGUUUCGCGGACCAUGUGGCAUGGUCGUGACUUGUUCUGCUUUGUAUUGUUCGUGUAUUUCAUUCCUUGUCUCUAGCAUCACUUAACUGUACGAUGUUAGAAUUGCAUGCAAAUCCAAGCGCGCGACCUUUUACGGACGUUGAAUUCAUUCGAACGUUCAUAGGUUACGAAACGUGUGCUUUUAGGGCGGGUAAUACUUUGUACAUAUGUAUACAUUUGCGCGCAGUUGUAUUUUACGUGUCUCUUUCUUUUACCCUGUACAAGUAGUCUUUAACCAGUGUUAAAUACGAUACAAUUGUAUAUUAUUUUAACGACAAACAAUAAUUUUCCGCAAGGGCAUUUUUUUGUACACAUCCAGCCCUGGUCACACCUGGAUCAAGCUUAUUCGUGAAUAGCCACAGAAGGCGCAGGUUGUUUUGACAGCCGCGUAGUUCGCUUGAGCACUAGUGUGAUCAACACUCGGUGGAUUGUACAGUCAACGUUUACGAAGUGUCGCGAAUGAAUGUGCUUGUUUGACUGGCGAUACGGUACAUGUUGGUGAAUGUUGGAAUAUAUUUCGAGCGGUUAACUGGAUCUGUAGCUCACGAAAAGUCGCUUGUCCCUCAUCGUAUAAACCGAUCCGUAAUUCUCACGUUGCCAUAACCUGACCAUCAACGCUGAAGAACCACGCGUGAAACUUUGCGCCGGCUUUAGCGUUUUCUUUUUUUUUUUUUUUUUUCUUCCCUUAGAUACUCCCAUUACUUCGAAACAACCUCCAAUGUCGUGUUUUUGUUCACGUUACUUCUCUUUGUGCACCCUGUCAAAGUGCAUAUCCCUAACUUUCUUGCUAAUUCCUGUUUUUCUUUUUUUCGCAGUUUGUGUACAUGUUAUGUGUUUGUUCCUGUGUUGCGUCUAGAGAGGUUUUUUAUUAUGUAUACACGUUCAGCGCGUGUCAUAUUUAUUGAUAACUAUACUGUCUUCGUGCGAUGAAACCAGCUGCUUUGCCUGCCAUUUCAACGCCUAAUAAAA